CAAAUGCACAAAUAAUAAUAAAAAAAAAUAAAAAAAAAUCCCGGUGGCAGUAAUAAAAAAUCAAUUUCUAAAAAACAGUUUCAUGGUGGAAUCAAAUCGGUUCUAACAGUUGGUCGGACUGUUCGCUGGCUGGUUCGCUCGCUCCCGUCUUAUCGCAAUUGUCGGCUUGCCCCGAACCCCGUCCCAACUUCUGCCUCUUCUCUAACGAGCUGGGUAAUGUGCAAGUUUCAGAUUUGAUUAAAGAACGGUCUGUUUCGGCUGCCCCACGCAUCGAGUUGCUCGCCUACAUGAUCGAGCGGAACCGAAGAACCGGAGAGCCGAGAGCGUAACGAGCAAACGUCAUAGAAACCCCCAGUUUGCUCCGGCUGCAGCUGUUAGUAGUUGAUUGGUCUGCGCGGUGGCAACUCAUCCAAGUGCUUGACAGCGAAGAACAACAGCUAGGCUGCCUGAGAACCCCACUCGGAGGCUUUUUAUAACUUAUCAGUGAUCGAGCACAGUAGCGGGGCGAUAAUUGUCCAAAGUUUUUGAUAUAAAUUCAACGUUUAACACAGCCCAUUGGCCAUUCCAGUUGCAAAGCGCUAGACAAGAUGCCUAAGGGAGUGCAGCCGACCGCAGAGCAAAUAUGCGAGGUGAAGACCCGGUUUCUGGCAAAACUGGCCUCCGAGCCGCCGGCAGUUGCCUUUCAUCCCAACGAUCUGGCGCGUAUUAACGAUAACGAUAUCUGGAUCUCGCAGCUUCUGGAGGCAUACAAUUUGGAUGUGGAGAAGACAAUCACGCGCUUGUGGGAGAACUGUGAAUGGCGCCAGAGUUUCGGAGCCAACGAAAUUAACGAGUCCAAUGUAAAUCAGGAGUAUCUGCACGAUGGCGAAAUCUAUGUGCACAACCAGGAUAACGAGGGCAAGCCCUUGCUCAUUGUGAACAUCUCGAAGCACUCGAAGAGCAAGAACCAGGAUGAUCUAAUCCGUCUGGUCGUCUACUGGGUGGAGCGCAUUCAGCGCCAAAAUUAUCUACAGAAAAUAACGCUCUUCAUGGACAUGACCGGAUCGGGCCUUGGCAAUUUGGACAUCGAAUUUAUUAAGCGUAUUAUCCAGCUGUUCGAGACCAAAUAUCCGAAUGCGCCCAACUACAUUCUGGUGCACGAGCUGCCCUUUCUGCUAAAUGCGGCUUUUAAAGUGGUCAAGAAUUUCAUGCCCGCCGAGGCUUUGGAGAUUUUGCGCGUGACCACCAAAAAGGACAUUAACGAGUAUGUGAGUAAGGACAACUGCCUGAAGAUCUGGGGCGGCACCGAUGAAUACUCCUACAAGUUCACACCUAACUAAUUCCAGGCCUUAUAUACAUAUAUAAUUAAAUAUAAUGUGAAUAUUUAACCCAACCCAA